CGCGGCGUAAUUAAGGAGAUCCCGUAACACAGGAUACUUAACCCCAAGCAAAUAUUAGGUACGACUAGCAGCCAUGCACCGACGACCUCCUUGGACGCAAUGAUUCCGCGAUAACUGCUCUACAGCUCGCUAGCAUCCAUUCACUACCUCUCAUUAUGAGGCCUGGGGACGAACGGGGGCAGCAGCACACUCAGCAUCAGCAGCAGCCCCCGUGUCAGGGCCAUCGGAGCAGGGGGCUGCCGACUGUGGCGAAGGAGCUCCUAGCGGGAUUUGCCGCUGGCGCAUCCAACGUGACGAGCGGUUACCCCUUCGACACGGUCAAGGUUCGGCUGCAGUCGGCCUGUCCAGGUCAGUACCGAGGUGCCUGGCACUGCCUAACGACAAUUGUACGACACGAGGGUAUUCGUCGGGGUCUGUUUCGGGGGCUGUCGUCGCCCCUGAUAGGGGGUACUGCGGAAACCGGCAUCAACUACCUGGCAAUUGACUCCGUGUAUUCCCGGGUACUACACUCCGUACGCCCCCCCGACGGCUCCCCCACCCCACUGCCCUCCGUGGCUGUUGCGGGGGCAGUAGCGGGUGUGGCGCUCAGUGUCGUACUCGGCCCCACUGAGCUCAUCAAGUGUCGUAUGCAGCUGGCGGGUUCCUCCUCCCGCUACCCGGGGGGCCCUCUGCAGUGCCUGCGGGAGGUGGUGAGGUGGGAGGGCGGAGUGCUGCGGGGACUGAGCCGGGGCCUGGGAGCCACUCUGGCUCGAGAGAUACCGGGCAAUGCGCUGUUCUUUACCACAUACGAGGGCCUCAGACGCAGUUUGAUUGGAGACGUACGACAGUACCAGCACCAGCAUCAGCACCAGCAGCAAUCCCAGCAACCCCAGCAACAGCACAAGAGAGAAGUCGAACCGCCGCCGGGUAGCGCGACGGAGCCGCUACCUAAGCCGACAAGUUCCCAGGCCACGAGAUCAUUGCCGUACCUCGCGGCGACGCCGUAUCUUACCGGGGACAUCACAGUGGGGGCCGACGCGCGGGGCGAUGGCGGCAGCGGCAGCGGCAGCCGGGCUAGCAGAGGCGCACCGCCUCAGGAGAUUGCUUCCGGCUCCCGGCUGGAGCACCUGGAGGAGCAGCCGGACGGCGGCGGCGCCGCUGCAGCUGCCGCAGCCACCACGGCGCCGCAGCGCCACUGGUGCACGGAGGCCGCCAUCGCUGUCUUUUGCGGAGGAGCUGCUGGGACGCUGAUGUGGGCUGCCGUACUACCGAUCGACGUGGCGAAGACACGUCUGCAAACCUCUACGCCGGGGAGCAAGUGGGACGUCAGCCUGCGGACGCACUGGUUGAUGCUGUGGCGUGAAGGCGGCUUCUCGUCCCUGUACGCUGGCUUGACGCCAACACUGGUUCGAGCCUUUCCUGCUAACGCGUGCCAAUGGCUGGCUUGGGAGCUCGUGAUGCGGGGUCUCCGAGAUAGUAGCGAGAGCGUGAGCUGACAUGAAGGUGUAACCGGUAUAAGAGUUGGCCAGAGUGGAGGUUUGGAAAUGGGGGUGGUGAAUGGAACUCAAGGUUACCAUGCUAUGCCGCCCCGCAGCAAGCUCACAAGACAAUUGCCUGGUGUGCGAUACGUGCCCGUGUCAUGACCUUACGGUGUUACCAUAACAGUUCUCCAUCCAUACCCUUAGUUGUUACAGACCUAUGUAGUCUAGUGAACUUUUUACAAGAAGCGGCGUUGCUCCUUGCACAAGCUAUGUCAAGGGCACGUCUAUCCGCGCGCCCGUCCUGCUUAUAUGCAGCAGCACACCACCUGUGUACGCAUCGCAAUGGCAGCAAGCUAUGCAACAUGUCUAUGUCCAGAAUACAGUAUGACUAUCGAGGCCUUCGGUAUAGGUUGUUCACAUGAACUAUAGUUGUGGUCUAGGUCUGUCCGGGCACACAGCGACGGUAGACCAGGCAUGGGAUGCGUCAUCAUAAAGGAAGACUGAUUGGCCCGCGACACAUCUUAGCGUCAUGGCGAAACUACAGUAACGGUACAAAGGUACCCUAUACCAGCCACACGCAAGCCUUAUACACGUCCGACAGAGCAAGAUGACGAGAUAACUCGUCCAAGAUUGGCAACUUUCAGCACAGUGCGCAAGCUACCAAGACCUAAGUUCCAGGGGAGAGCUAAGUUCCGUUGCCCGUUUUAACACUAUUUCCAGCGCUUAUCACAUUACGAGAGCGAUGUUUAGGACAGAAUGCUAAAGCGACAUCAUAAUGCCCGAUGUGGUAUACGCACACAAGCUACGAAAAGAAUAUGAACCCCAAGCAGUGACAGUGUUGCUCAUCCUCAAUGGUCACUGUGCGCCCCAUAUACGCACGCUGCAGGCACCUACGGCCAGAGUUCGUUGCCAUACGCGGUGAUUUUGUAUGAUCUAUGCGGCACAAUCGAUCCAAGUUGUGUCUGCAAUACCACUGAUCACCACUUCUACGCAGUAACCCCGGGGCUGCAGGCCUCCUCUUCCUCAGGCAGCUCGGUAACAGAACAGCCAUUUGCUGCUAAGUCGCGAGCCGCGUCACGGGCGGCAGCACGAAUCGCGGCCUGCAAAACACUCCCCAUACUGCUGCGUGCUCCGCUGGGAGUGGCCGCGCCAGGGCCGACAACCGCAGUGCUGGCAGAUUGGCGCAGGGCGGAAUUGCGCCUGGACGAUGCGUUGGACUUGAUGGACAGGCGAGGGUUUGAGACGCUGCUAGACUUCCGCAAGGACGCUGAGAAGGGGUCAACGUAGCCCGCGCCAUCGUACACACCCUUG